AUGUACAUAUGUAUGAAUUACGUGACAGCUGGCAUCAUCUUCCCUUACCAUAACAGGCUGAUAGCUGGAUGCAACACCAUGGCAGCCAGUGAAGUGGCUGUAGGAGUGAUCUUCUUGUCACAGACUGUUGUCGGGUUUCUGGCCAAUUCCUUUCUCUUACACCAUUAUCUGUUGUUUAACUCCAGUGGGUGCAAGCUAAGGUCCAGAUACUGGCUUGUGAUGCACUUGACUAUAGCCAACAUCAUAACUCUGUUGUGUAAAGGAGUGCCACAGACAAUGGCAUGUUUUGGGUUAAAAGACUUCCUCAAUGACUUUGGAUGCAAAGGGCUUUUCUAUUUUCACAGAGUGGGCAGGGGUGUGUCCAUAGGCAGCACCACCUUCCUGAGUGUCCUCCAGGCCAUCACUAUUAGCCCCUUGGAAUCCAGAUGGGCAGAGCUUAAAGAAAGACGACAAAAACACAUUGGUUCUUCUGUUUACCUGAGCUGGAUCCUGUACAUGCUUACCAGUAGUCUUAACCUUUUGCAUGUGAGAGCAAAAUACAGCAAGAACAACACAGCAAAUAUAAAAGAUAUGGGAUACUGUGUCACUACUACAGAGAAAAUCAGUGACAUACUAUAUGCAGCACUCUUUUCAGUUCCUGACUUUCUUUUUAUGGGUUUGAUGGUCUGGGCCAGCACCGUUAUCAUUCUCUUCCUUCACAGGCACAAGCAGAGAAUGCAACACAUGUCCAGGGCCAAAGUAUCCUCCAGAUUGUCUCCUGAGUCCAAAGCGAUCCAAACCAUCCUUGUCCUGGUGAGUACUUUUGUCUUCUUUUACACACUUUCUUACAUCUUUAAUGUCUGUAUAACUCUUUCUAGUCAUCACAGAUGGCUCCUGGUGAAUGUUUUCGCAUUACUUUCUGGAUGUUUCCCAACUGUCAGUCCCUUCCUGAUCUUACAACCUGAGUUGGCUGUAUUCAGGGGUUUUUGGUUUAUCUCCAGGAAAAAUUAA